AAAGGAAAACUUGGAACGACAUAAACGCUCAAGUAUGUGUCAGCCCCGAAAUUUCAAAGUUGCGAAGCUCACACUCGCCAGGACAUGGUAGCGACAGCCGUCGGCCCUUCAGAUGCGAAAAUUGCAAAGCUAGGUUUACUAGAAAGGAUGUGUGCAAGAGACACGCCGAAAGAUGUAGAGGCACAUUCAGCCGUGUGUUGACGAUCACCGGUAUUCAGAACGGAGCGGAGCAACCGGCACCAGCCAUUGAAGAAACUGUUCUUUCACCAGACGACCAGGAUGAUUCGCCCUUUUCAACUUCUCAGGAAGGCAUUAUCGCUGGAGUCGGAGAUGGCACCAUCUACCCAGAUAGCCCGCCAGAAGCUGCAGAAGUGCCCGACCCGGAGGAGCUUCUAGUGACGGAGUAGGUUGUCCAAAGAUACGGUCUCAUUUCACAACUGACUAGUAUCUCAGGAUUAUGACGAGCGGAACAGAAACUUACGUAUCAACGUAUUUCGAGAAUUUCCAUCCGUCAUUCCCACUUGUGCAUCGACAAAGCCUAGGAAAUGAGUUACCCAAGUUAUCGAAGCAGAUUAUCGUUUCAAUUGGCAUGCUAUAUGCUUCUAGGAAUGUGUCUGAGGAGGAAAUGGCAUCUUUGAUGCGGAAGAGCCAAACACUAUGGAAACAUGGCCAUGAUGAACUUUGGCGAAUUGUUGAGGCGGAUUGGAGAGAAAUCCGCAGGACAUGGGUUAUGCAAGCGUGGCUCCUGCAUAUAAUCUAUGGGGCCUUCACUGGCAAUGCAUCUGACUUCGACAAAUCAAAGAAGAUGUUGCGAUGGAUUGUAGACGCCGCCCGAGACCUCGGUCUCCUCCGUCAAAACGUUUUCCAGUCAACAUCCAGGUUCAGAGACUCGGAAGAACAGACAUUACACGAUCACUGGAUGUCAUAUGUUGAGUCGGAGUCCAUGAAGCUAUCCAUGUACACUCUACUAUUUCUCGACUUUCAUAUUUUCUCCCCUUGCAACAUUCGCCCGCUUACCACUCCCACCGAGCUGGAUUGGGAGCUGCCCCUUGCUUCAUCAUUAUGGGAAGCGGACACAUCGUUAGCAUGGGCCCAACGGCUCGGAGACGAACCCCGAACCGUCGGACUGACCCGGUCUCACGACACUCCUGGCAUGACUUGCCCAACAACAAAAUCACUAAACCUUGCCAUGCAAUCAUUGAUGACGGAUACACCGAGCCCGCAACUUUUAGCGGCGCUACGUGCUUCGCCGAUGGCAACGCUCUUCGUUCUCACCAGUCUCGACUCACUCGUCAGGGAUUUUACCCGUUGCUACUACCAACUCCCACCGGCUUUGGCCGACCCAAACGCGUACCACAUUCUCACUCAAUCUCAAAACAGACAGGUCAGUGCAGCUUUACGAUACGUCUCUGAGAUCAUCACAACGCAAAUCGCUGCGGCAGAUAGCUCGAACUGGCACAUCUUGAACUUUGCUGAGCGUAUCGCGCUAUCUGUUAAGCUUGCGCUCUGCAAACCCGAUGAUCUUCUGAUUGGUGGUAUCGUGGAGAAUAGCGUCGUUGCUGGCCUCACCACCGCGACACAUCUCACCAUGGGACUUCAAGUUGGAGCUCGCAGAUCGUUGCAAAACCUCCUCAGGUACAACUCCGGCGAUGACGGGAUGUUGGUCUUCCUUGAUGACUUGAUGGACGUGCUGUCAAGUGUGACAAGUAUCGAGAGGCAAGAUCCGUUGCGAGAAGCGCCGUGGGCGACGGUGGCUACAUACAAGAUCCUCCUGGCAAUAUGGAGAUUACUGCGAUGGGCAACAGCAGAGAUGCGACGGAAGUCAGGUACCCAGCCGACCGUCCGCACUCGAUUUGAGGCUUCUACCAUUGUCUUCAAUUCCAUCCUUGAAGUCUUGCAGCGACAAGAGGACAUCGAUGGCCAAACUCGGCGCCUCUCGGUUCGGGAGUCUACCGCAUUAGGCAUGGCGUCGGAGGCGAGCGAGGUACGCUUCAUGGAAACCGUAUUACAAUUCUGGAAGGGCAGACCUGUUUGGGCAAUGGGGUCCUUCAUGACAACGGUGCUCGAGGAGGUCAUCUCGGCUGGUGGUAUGGCUUAUGAGUAA